AUGCACAGUGCUCGACCUUACAAUGGAGGGGAGGAAAGUCUGGACAAGUGGGACCUACUGCCUCAGCAUAGAGGUGAGGAUGCGUUGUGGAGGGACGACUUCAAGGCAAAGCAGGCAUUGGAGAAAGCCCGAGGGUUCAAUAUGUGGAUGGUCAAGCAGAGUGUUGACCUGGCGUUGAGAGAUGGUACGAGCAUGAAAGCUCGUCUUUGGGGUGAAUCUCAGCACCAAAGCGAGUUCUCCAAAGCAGCCAAAACAUGCUCAGGCGUGAGUUAA